GGCGGCGGCGGAGGGCGACGUGCCGGCUGGGAGCGUGCGGUGAGCGGGCUCAGUCCGUAGCAACAUGGCGCUCAUGAGGGAGGCCUACAAUCUGCUCUUCAGGAGGACCUCCACCUUCGCGCUCACCAUCGUGACGGGGGCCUUCAUCUUCGAGAGGGCCUUCGACCAGGCCGGCGACGCGAUCUUCGAGCGCAUCAACCAAGGGAAACUAUGGAAACACAUCAGACACAAUUACGAAAACAAAGAGGAAGAAUAGGAUUCCAUUGUGUAAGGAACAUUGAAUCAUCCUGAACGUUGCUCCUGAUGAAGAGCCCUGCAUUGAUAUCGAAUCCACUCGGGCUGUUUAUUUCACUGGAUGAUUUCUACACAGCCCCUACAAGAAUGGAUUAUUACUUUAAUUUGAUUAAUGCUGGAUUUCUUCUGCUUAAGAAGAUUAAUAGAGAUAAAUAAAUGCUGUAAUUUUU